AGUAUUUUGGAUGUCCCAAUCACCAUAUUUAGAAAUUUCUAUUCAAAUUUCUAUGCACAAUGUUACACCACUUUAAAACAAAAACAGUUUCUGAAUAUUAAUUGUUUGUUCAAUGUAAUUGCAUUCACAAGACGAAGCACAGCUCUGACGCUUUCAUAUGUAGGCCAGGUUUUGGUAUAUACACAGAAAAUCAUUAAAAUAAUGCUAAGUAGUUCUGAUACAAUGUUGCAAUGGUAUGCAAUGGAAUUUUUAAAUUUUAAAAUUAACUUUUGUCGUUUUACAAGCUAUUUGAAUAUUUUAUAAUAUGUGCCUAUUCACCACACAAAUUUUUAAAAUUUAGGCCAUAAUGCCCAAUGCAAGAAUGCAUGAAACCAACAGAAGUUUUUGCUGCUCAUUUAUUUCUGUUACUGUAACAUACAAUUUAGUUAUUAUUAGUCGUUAGCCCCGUGGAAAAACGCACAGACAGACGUAUAAGGGCAUUAUAAUAUAGAUAGUGUAUUAAUAAUUGUUUAUCUUAUUCAGUUAUGUUUCAUCUUUUUUGCAUCAACAGUUUUUUGAGAUUAUAUUUUGGUUGAUUUUUCUUAUUGAUGGCAUUCACAAAGUUGAGUCCUCACUUGCUGCGCUCUUACGCAUGUGCUCAUAAUUACAUUUUCUGUUUAUAACUUUCCUCUCAUCGUGAGUAUUGAAAAAAUAUUUACAGAAAUAUUUGUAGCUUUCACAACUGUGUUCUUUUGUGCACAAUGGGUUGUUCUAUAUUUAAAUUUCAAGUUUUAUUUUCAUUAUUGAUGGCUUUGCAAAUUGAUACCGGCACGGUGAAGUUGAUAUUUGGUGGCGACGUCACAUUUUCUGGAGUAAUUAAAUACCACGGUCGGCGUAGCAACUGCACAUUUAAUAAUUCUUUUUCCCAGCUUAAGCCAUACUUUACGGAAGCCGACCACGUAAUUGUAAAUCUUGAAAGCCCUUUUCACCAGUACAACGGAAAGAAAUUAAAAGUACUCGAUCCAAAAAAAGCAGUGAAGUUAUUAUCUGACUUAAAUGCAAUGUCUACUUUGAGCUAUGCAGGAAUCGAUGUUGUAACGUUGGCAAAUAACCAUUUCAUCGAUUUUGGAGAAAAACCCGCCACAGUUACUAUUAAAAACUUGAAAAAACUUAACAUUUCAUAUUUUGGCGUGACUUUUGGCAGGCAGAAGAUAUUAAAGCAGGAACCUUUAGUUAUAACAAAAAAUGGUAUUAGAAUUGGCUUUCUUGGUUAUUGUGCCACGGAUGAAGGUUGCAUGGAAGACAACUAUCGCAAUCAAACAAGUUUAGGACCAGCAGUUUAUAAUAAAUUACUGCUCAGGAAAGAAUUGAAAAGUUUAAGAAAGAAGGUGGAUAUCAUCAUUGUAUUUAUGCAUUGGGGAGAUGAAUAUGCCACAGUGCUGCCUAAGAAAUAUGGUCUAAAGUUGAUUCUCCAAAUGGUGCCCUACGCCGACAUUAUCAUUGGCAGUCACCCACACGUGACGCAAGAACAUUUCUAUCAUAAGAAUGUUCUGGUUGUACCCAGUCUUGGAAAUUUGUUGUUUCCUACUCAUGGCACUAUCAUGGAGGAAUUUCGAGACAGAGGUGAAAACACAUCAAAAGAGAAAGUGGAUGACGUUUGGUACAAGGAAACAAAGGUUAUGAAGCCAGAGACUACCGUUGGAAAACUUGUUAAGAUAGAAAUUAAUAAAAAUGGCGUCAUAAAGGGCAAGACAAAAUUCUUACUAACUCAAAUUGCUGUAAACGAAAAGCAUUGCAUGUACGUUAAAAAGAAAGGGAACUCAACAUGGGAAACUAUCUGCGGUAAAAAUGAUAAAGAUUGCGCAGGUACAAGUGACUGUAAUGAGCUGCAAUGUGAUGAUCAGAAGAAAGUCAUGCCGAAGAAUAAAAAAAAACCAAAACAUAUAUAUGAACCACUUUUGUAAAAACAAAACAAACAAACUAUGACAAUAUUUAAAUUAAAUUUUGGUGACAUUAAUACAAUAUAUUAUAUGGUUGAAGAAACAUAACAAA